UUCUUUCUUAUUCAUCUGUGUUCUCGGUGAUUGGUCCUAGCAUUGUGCAAUGCAGAGCCGGCCGGGUCAUAGGGAGAAGAAUGUCGGGAAUUGGUCGCUGAGCAGACGGAUCCGUACGGAGUGGAUGCCAUCUGCGCUAGGGCAGUCGGAAAAAGAAAGCUCGCAAAGGAACUCCAUCGGACGGUGUGCGCAAGUUCGGCAGCACCCAAAGAAGAUGAGGCGGUGGUCCAUGCUAGUGAGCAGCCUUGCUGUGCUGGUGAGCGUGGUCAGUCUUCCCGGGCUGGUCUCGUCACAAGGUGGUGAAAAUGACCAGUGUGCCUGUGACGGCCAGUACUGUACGGUGCAAGCUGCUGAUGUGAUUGUGGUGCUGGACGAGAGCCCCAGCAUGCGCUUUGAUAGGUCUUUUGUCAGCAUUCUCCUGCGCAUGUUUGACAAGGCCGUCCGGGAGGAGCACAACGUGGGCACCGGGGCCGAGUGCCCGAAUCGCUACGCCAUAUUCGGCUUUGGACGCGAAGACGACGGCUGUCCGUCGCCGGUGCAGCGACAAGGUUCUCCGGAUGUGUUCAUGCGCAUCACGGACAUUGUGCCAGCGUUUCCCAAGACGGCGCAGCACAACGCCUCACAGUGCGAGGACGGUUACGCCGCGCUGGCCGGUGCGCUCAACGCCAGGCGACGUGCCACCGGUGCGCAGAGCUGCGUCAAGCCGCUCGUACUGCUGGUGACCGACGAGGACCGAGCUCGCUGCGGCUGCUCCGUCUCGCCCAGCAAGAAGAAGCUGCUGCGCACCUACUUGAAAGACACCGACGUGGAGGUGGCCAUGGUCGUCGACCACACCAUCACCAGCGACGGUGGUGUGCGCUGCUUGGGCAUGCUCCGCAAUGGUACCUGCUACAUGGCAACGCAGGGGUCCUAUUUUUCCACGUUCACCGGCGGAAAAGGCACCCUGGGCCGUGCUUUCGGCAAGACCAAUAGCCACUACACAAAGAUGGCUCUGAAGAAGACUGUGCAUGGCUCCGUCUGGGACAUCAAGAUGGUGCGGUCCGGUAAAAAGUGGAAUGUGGCUGGUGGAGUACUGCAACAGUUCCGAAGUGCAAUUCCAGUGUGUGGUUCAGAACCUACGGAGCCUCCAACCAGAGCGUGUCCCAGUCUUCAGGCGCCUGUGAAUGGCGACGUGCAGCAGGUAGAUGCGUUCAGGUACACGGUGUCCUGCCGUUCCGGCUACGCCCUGUCGGGUUCCGGCUCUCUAACGUGUCUUCCCACUGGCCAGUACUCGCGGACCAUGCCGUCAUGUGUGGAUGCUGAUGAAUGCAAUCAGUCAGGCUCGUGCCCAGUCAACACACUGUGCGUCAACACUGAUGGGUCGUAUCGUUGCGAGUGCGGCAGUGGAUUUGUCCGGGCGGCGGGAGGACAGUGUGAAAAUGUGAAUGAAUGUGAUGACAGUGCUGUGGCGGCAACGUGCCAUGUCCGGGCAACAUGUGUGGACACGCCAGGGUCCUAUUCGUGCAUGUGUCGUGAUGGCUACACAGGAGAUGGCGUUACGCGUUGUGGCAAUCAGGACGAAUGCGCUAAUGGCGCGGACAACUGCGAUGCACAGAGCACAGCGUGCAGGGACUCGCCAGGAGGAUUUGACUGUACCUGCCUGUCAGGGUACUCCAGAUUGAACCGCACACAUUGUCAAAAUAUCGACGAAUGCCGACGCAGGAUAAGACGUUGCCAUAGGUACGCUGACUGUGUGGACACGCCGGGCUCGGCAAUGUGCGUCUGCCAGAGUGGUUACACGGGUGAUGGAGACCGCGACUGUGCCAAUAUCAAUGAGUGUGCUGUUGGCAGUGGCCUAUCCAGCUGUGACCAGGAGAGUACAAGGUGCAGGGACACCGAGGGUUCAUUCAGCUGUAGCUGUCGACCGGGAUUCGCACGCCACAAUACCACGUAUUGCCAAAAUAUCGAUGAGUGCUCUGGUGCCCGGGGCAGACAGAGAUGCCACCGCCAGGCCAGCUGCAUGGACAUUCCUGGAUCGUUUGUGUGCGUGUGCGGAGAUGGCUUCAGUGGUGAUGGCGUACGCACUUGCUCAAAUGUCGAUGAAUGCAGCCUGGGCAUGGCCAACUGUGGCAGUCGUGCUGUGUGCCGCGAUACCAUGGGUUCAUUCUUAUGCCAGUGCAGUGCGGGAUACGGGCAACUGAACAAGACACAUUGCUCAAAUAUCGAUGAAUGUACAAUGGGACUGGCUCGGUGUCACAGCAGUGCAGUAUGUGAAGAUACGGACGGUUCCUACAACUGUCAGUGUCCAAGUGGCUUUGUUGGUGAUGGAGUUACUACAUGUGCUAGUGGUUGCCAGCUGGACAGUGGGGCCAUUUUGCCGGUCGGUGCCAAGUCCGUGGUUCACACAAUUCACUCGCAGCCCCCCGAUGCUCCAGCAUUUUCGGCAUGUGUCGCAUUCGUUGUUACCGUUGGCGACAGCGGAGGACUUCCAGCCGGGAUGGAAUGGAUACCGACCUACAACAUUUCACAGCGACUGGAUAGUCGAGCACAGGAGCUUGGCUUCAUGAACAACCGGUUCUGUUUGAUCACUGACGGGGCGGCUGCUGGCACGACGGUCCCCGUUGGUGGGAGCACGGCAUGCGGCAGUCCUCAGCAACUGGACACGGUCCUGAGAAGCCUUCGAUCCGAUGCUGAUCCUCCGACUCUGGGCUCGGCAAUGGACAGUCAGCUGGACGCGGACAGCACGUGUGCAGGUCGGGAUGGCUUCUUCACCGUUGUCAUCACACUGCUCCCGCAAAGUCCUGCACCGGAGGUCGUUCUGCGUGACGGCGUUGUGCUGCAGAAGAUUGUAGAUCGCAACGGCGUCAUGAUGACCCUUGGCGCCCUGCAGGCAGACCAUGCUGAAUCGGAGGAGUACGUGAUUGGCGUGGACUACAACAACAAUGCGUAUGAAGGACACGAAUCGCAAGCCACGGUGAUUCGCCAUGGCGAUGGCCAAGGGUACGUUAACAACGAAGCAAGCGAAGAUCCAGGAUAUGCGCUGUUCGCCUCCUCGACACUGGAAUCAGGAGGUAUCCUGAUCGACUCCACCUGGAUAACGGACCCUGAUGGCUACUAUCUAGCCUCUACCAAUGCGCUGGUGGUCAACUACUUCGGUACGGCGCUGGAGAACCUGCGCGAUGCGUCUUGUUCAACGUGUACAUGCGUGUCCGCUGGCAACGUGCAGUGUGGUGAAAGACGGCAUGUCAUCGUCCCAAGCCUGUGUCGGGCACUCUAUGGGUCCGUCUAGAGAAAAUGCCACAUCAUAUCCGGAUUGAUAAUGCCACAUGCCAGCGCUUCUGCUUCAAUCUUGCUGCUAAUAUAAUUACUACUGCUAGUGCAUGCAGUGUUCAUGAGCGCACAAAGUGGAUAUGGUUGGUCUCCUUGUUCAAGAUCAUGUUGCAGUCUGGAUUUGCAUUACCGAUACUCUAACAUUGUGGCCAAGUUGAGAUGCUCCAUUUCUCGUAUUUCCUCUUCCGAGUGGUUUAUGACGUUCUUUUGUGGUUGCAGGGCAUCAGGCCCGGAUCACAGCCUAUGUGAGUAUGUCCGCAUCAUUGUUAGACGGCAACACCGGCAACCCUUACUACAUGUACAUUCGUUA